AUGAGAGCUCCAGAUUACUAUCCAAAUAUGAUUAUGAUUAGGGGAAUGAUUAGAAAAGAAACAUUGAAAAGAAUUUUUAAGAUUAAAAGCUCCCAACAAAUGUCUACUAAAAGAAUCAGCAUUCGAAACAUUUCCUAUCCAAUUCAUCAUUCAGAAAGCACACGCGAUUCAUCUCAACGUAGCUCUUAUGCAAUGACACAAGGAUAUAUCUCUCAGCAAGACGCGAACUCUUCUCAUUACGUUAACAAUACAGUACGAUAUAUAGAUGUUGAUUCAAGACGACCUAUGACCGAACAACGAUCACCAACAGUUCAUCAAUUAACCAGUCUAAUCAAACGAUUUAUUUAUAGGAAUUUACAGAAAAGUCAGUCAACGACAACUUCAAGAAAUAUUCAAUCACAUCAAUCACAUUUAACUCAAACAAAUAUAACACCAUUAACAACUUUAUUUUCUACAUCAUCCAAUCAAAAUAACGAUAAUGUUAUGACAUCAGAUACAUCUGACCGUGAUGUAAAUCCAAAUCAUGACAAUUUACAACGAACUAAUAAUUCACUCAUUCUUGAAGUGAUAAAUAAAUAUUCAUUAAAUAAUAUUCUAAAUGAAAUCAUCAACCAACGAUCCUUACCUUUAACAUUAUGCAGGACUCGAACAUCUCAAGCCUUACGCCCAUCACUGCAUGUCAAUCGAUCAAUUCUUUCUUCAUCAGGACAAGUAUUUUCAGAAUUAAGGUCAGACAAUAAGAAUGAUGAACAAGAAGAAUGUUUGUUAUGUCUAGAAUCAUUAGAAAUACGUGGAGGUAGGAUGAUUAUUAAUCCGGGGUGUGGACAUUCCUUGCAUAUGAAAUGUUAUUUAGAAUACAUUAAACGAUUUAAGGAUAUUUGUUCCGUAUGUAGGAAAUCAUUUGCUAGUUGGGAUAAAUGA